AGGCUGGCACUCGGUGGCCGCCAUUAUUCUUCGUGACUUGACGCCCGAGAUAAGACGGUUAAAUAUUUCGAACUAUUAUAUUCAAGCAUAAUCUGUUGGUUUAUUGCUUUGCCUUGAGUCUCGCUUAGUUGGGUGAGCCAGGCGCACAUUUAUAGGCCAGUAUGGACAGACGGUCCAAUACAACAGGAGGUGCCCUUCCACUGCCCUCCCUCCGCCUGCUGGCCUCCCCGCUGCAGCUGACCUAUUCAUACAUAUGGCAGGUCAUACGGCAGAAGAACGUGAAGCAUUACUGCAAAGUAGAGGAGUUUGUGACCAUGGUGACGCAGACUGUUCCUGAGCUUCUGAGUUUCAAGCAGACUGCACAACUUAUCCUCGGCUUAAGAGCGAGGAUAAUCUUGGACCUGCUUCAGAAAGACGGCCCACCAGAUUCCAAAACUAUUCAGACCCUUAUAAAUAAAUUAAAGAUAACCUCCUCGACGAAGGAUAGGGAGGUGGAGAAAUCCCAGACAAACUUCAUGGUCCUGAUCCAAAAUCUCCUUAAAAAUCCCACUGAGAGGAAGCGCUUCUUUCAGGAAGUUUUCCCUGUUCAGUACGGCGUCAAGUUUGACACAGCCCUGCAAGCCUUGAUUGCUGGCCUGGUGUGCAAGCUAGAGCAACUUCUUCCCGUUCCUAAUCUGUCCCAACUUGGUGCCAUGAUCUCAACAAAUGCCACCGUCCUUGAUGCAUGUGGGGGUUUCCUCCCUGACCGUGGAGAUCUAAAGACUCUCCUGCUACAUCAUCAGAGCAAAGGACUCCUAGGAGUUAAAGCAACCGUCUCCACCUCUGUGGGCGACCCGGUGCUCUCUUCCCUGGCCUUCAUGCCCAAACCAGUAGAAACGCCGCCUCCACCACCACAGCCACAAAAGCAGCCCGAGGUCACAGCUGCUGAGAACAGCCCCGCCCCUCUCAGUGACAGUGAAGAUCUUGGUGCUUUUUCAGAUGAUCUUGCAAGCCCGGCGGGUUCUGUUGAUGCGCCUCAGCAGGAAGGGUCAAUUAGUUACAAAGCACCCUCUGGAAAUGAAGCAAAGGAGAAGGCUGCCACAGCAACGGGGCAAAGCCAGAACCCCCAGAUGGAAAAAAGUUCUGAACAGCAGCAGCAGGCUUCAGCGACUCCUCAAAGUGAGAGGAGAGAUGGAACACAAGCGGGGCCUGAAAGGCCAGAGUUACAGAAGCUGCCUCUGAAAUCCAUCCCUUUCAGAGUUGUUCAAGUGCCAGUAAAGAAGGACAGCCAGAAGCCACAAACCCAGCGGGUCACUUUACAUCAGUGGGUUUCACAGAUCGCCACCAACUCGAUGUCUCUCCCAGCGUUACCGCCACUUCCCCCAGGCAGACUAAGCGACGACGACGACCCAAGGCCGAGCAUAAGACGAAAGAGGCAGCUGAGACUCCAGAAUGAUCGAUUUACCUGCUCCGUGUGCGAUAAGAGCUUUCCCUAUCAGUCCAAGCUUCUGGACCAUGAGCGCAUCCACACAGGAGAGAAGCCCUUUCAGUGCUCAGCGUGUAACAAGAGCUUCCGCACGCAGGCGUUCCUCAACAACCACCUGAAGACCCACAGCACAAUGCGCCCCUACGCCUGUGGUCAGUGCGGCAAGUGCUUCACCAAACUGCAGAGCCUGACAAAGCACAUCCUUGCCCACAGCGGGCAAAAACCCUUCUACUGCAACAUCUGCAAUAAGGGCUUCACGCAGUCCACCUACUUCAAGCGCCACAUGGAAUGCCACACCAGCCAGAUGACGUUCCCCUGCAAGCACUGCAGCAAAACCUUCCCGACGGCGUUCAAGCUGUCCAACCACGAGCGCUGGCACACCCGGGAUCGCCCGCACAUGUGCGAGCGCUGCGGGAAGAGGUUCCUUGUCCCCAGCCUGUUGAAGAGACACAUGGGCUACCACAUCGGCGACCGCCAGUACCUCUGCUCACAGUGUGGGAAGACGUUUGUUUACCUGUCGGAUCUGAAGAGGCACCAGCAAGACCACCUACCAAAAACAAAGAUCCCAUGUCCCGUCUGUCAGAAGAAGUUCUCUAGUAAGUACUGCCUGAGAGUUCAUCUGAGGAUCCACACCAGAGAGAGACCCUAUCGAUGCCAACUGUGCGACAAGAGCUUCACGCAAGUCGGAAACCUAAAGGUCCACAUCCGGCUACACACCAAUGAGCGUCCCUUCAGCUGCGACGUCUGCGGAAAGACCUACAAGCUGGCGUCCCACCUCAACGUCCACAAAAGGACUCACUCGUGCAAGAAACCCUGGACAUGCGAGACGUGCGGGAAGGGCUUUACGGUCCCCGCCCUGCUUAGGAAGCAUGAGCAGAUCCACGUGAAGGAGGCUAACCCCGAUUUCGCCAGCAAGAGACGGAUGAAGGGUAAGCACAAAAAGCAGUCCCUAAACAGGAAAUACGACGAGGAAGAAGAGGUCAGCGAUGAAAAUUAUUGAAGGAGACGUGAGCUUAAAGCUGAUCUUUGCUCAGAUGAGUCAAUGAGAACUGCUACCACGAAGGACACAAUUCAUCAUGCCAAUACGGAUUCACAUGGAUUCAUGACUGAAAACACUGAACUGAUUAACAGACAACUGAAUCUUCAGAUUAUGGUUAGAAUUUAAAGAAUAGCUCCUAGAUGUACAUGUGCACCAAUAAUGGACUUUCCUCUUGAUCAGUUUAUUGUUUUAUUAAAAAAAAAAAAACGAAAAGAGAAGAUUUUGGGAGAUUAAUGAUUACAAAAAACUAUGCUCCUUUUCCUAGCAGAUGCUAAUGUCUUAACUUUUUUUUCAUCAAAAAACUUUAAAACAUAGAACUGCACUGCAGCUUUUAGGUGCGACGUUCUUGGAUCCAACAAAAUUCAAGCAAUAACAAUGUUAUCCCUCCCUAUUCACGUUUUAAAGACACUAUCUUUAACAAUUAUGUUAUUUUGAAUAAACCAGAGUGUUGACUGAUGUGUUUAUAGAAUGAAAGCUAUCCAUGUUAGUUUUGAUGUAUUUACUGAAUAGUCUGCCUACUAUUUGACAUGCUGGUAACCAAUCAGAGAUGAAGAGAAAAUUUGCAAGACCCUUAACAUUCAUCUGUUUUUUUGCUAAUACGAGACGAUCAAUUAAAAAUCAGCCAUUUCCAAUCU